AUGGCUAUGUAUAUACAUAUUCAGUUCAACGGAGGAGCAAGCAGUAACACAAACAUGAAAAGAAGGCCGCAAAAGGGGGAAGAGCAAUGUCCCCAAGUCCAUAUACAAAACAACCGACAUGAUAUGCUUAUUAUGGUAGCCACCACAAGUUCGAGAAAACAAGGCCGCCAACACUUUGUCAGAAAAAUGACAAGAGACAAAAUAGUAGUAAUGAAAAUUAAGCAAAAUACGCCAGUUAAAAUGCAUGCAGAUACCCACCAAACAACGUACAAAACCUCGGCUAAGGCCAACAAAAGUGAUCAGCUUGGGAAGAAUAGAAAGUUCGACAGUGAACACGUCAACACAACGAUGGGUUUGGGACACGCCAUCACACGUUGUUUUUGA